UUUGAUCAGCUGAUCAUCUGUAAUUAGUCCUUUAAAAACCUUGCCACGAAUCUACUAUGACUUCAAUAAGUGUUUUUUACCGGUUUUUACGCAUAAACUUUAUUAAAAAUAAUACUUUUAUCAAUUAGCAAACAUUAUCUAUAGCUGAUAUUAAGAAAUUACAAACAUGGGUGAAAUAGUAGAUCUUCAAAGUAUCGAAAACAACGAUUUUUUAAAACAAUUUUUAAAUCCGGAUGAUAAACAAAAUGAAGCUACAAAAAUUUUAACAGUUGCUCAACAAUUGAAUCAACUUGGAAAAGCUCUUGAAGUGAUAGAUGCAGAACUACAUAAACAAGUUUACUCAAAUCAUGAAGAUUUGUUGUCACAAGUAACAUGGGUUGAAAAAAUUGAAGGAGUUUUAGCCAUUAUGCAAACUCAUGUUCAAAGUCUUUUAUCAGCAGUAGAACGCUUAAGAGCAAAAAUUGUAGAGCCAUUCAACAGAAUCGAAGCCCAAACAAUAGUUUUAAAAAGACUUCAUGAAACAUCAGAUUUACUUCGAAGGGUUGGUAGAGUACAGCAUCUUCUUCAUUCACAAAAACUUCAUUCACAAAUAAGCAACCCAUCCCAAAGUUCAGAAAUUAUAAAAGCAGCGAAAAGUAUUCAAGAGCUUGAACAGUUAAUAGCCGAUGAAGAUUUGAGUGGAUUAAAUAUUUUAGCUGAUGAUAAGCAAGCUAUAAAGAUUCAUAAAGCAUCAGUUCAAAAAAUAGCUACAAGCACAUUAGCUCAAGGAUUACAAGCAUCAAAUAAUAAACAAGUUAGUACAGCUAUUCAAAUAUUUGAAAAUUUAGGUAUGUUACCACAAGCUGUUGAAUCGACUGAAAAAUCAGCAUUGGCUGAAAUUGAGAAAGUUGCUAGAGAAGCUUUAGAUGUUUCAUUAUCUGUAAAUCAAGACUUAACUAAAAGAGGUGGACCAGGAAGAGCUGCUUUACCAUCUCCAGGAACUUCUGGAAACCUUCGUACCCGUCUUUGGGAAAGCCUUGAUAAAUUGUUACAAGAAACUAUUUAUAUGCAAUGUGUACAGAUAGAAUUCCUCGAGAGAAUCUUACUCGAACAUUACACGAAAGAAUUUGAUGGAUUUUCACAGUUAUUUUGGGAAAAAAUAAUAGCUUUAUUAGCUAAAGUAUUUAUUGAACGUUCUCAAGCUUCUUCUUUUGUUAAACAAGCUCUUGAGGGUGAAUACCCGAAGCUUCUUCGAGUGUUUUUAGACUUAAGAAAACGAUUAAAAGAAAAAUCCCAACUAAUUGGAACAUACCCUAUUAGCCGUGAUAUUUUACAAUCAUUUGAAAAUGCGUAUUUAUCACGAUCGAUUUCUCGAUUGCUUGAUCCAGUUCAUACCAUGUUUUCUGGCGAUUCAGCUCCCAGUCAAGAUGAAAUUGAUAGUUUGAUUCGAACGAUUACUAGUGAGCUAAGUGUAUCACUUGUUGAUGAAACUCUUUCAACAGUAGUUUCUCGAAAUGUAGGGAAAUCUAUUAGACUGUUCUGUUUGAAAUGUGAACAAAGUUUAGUGACUAGUGGAGAGGCCAGUCAGGUAAUUGAUACUCCCACUUCUGGUCAAUUAACCAAUAUAAACUUGGCGAAUUUGUUAUAUUAUCUAGCAACACAAAUUAGCAGAGUUGUUACCAAUUUAGCUGGAAGUUUACCUCAAGAAGGUGCUAACGUUAUUGGAAAUACUCUUGAGGAUAUUAAUAAAUUAACGAAGAAUAUUUUAGCACCGUUGAUGGCUUCGAUUAUUGAUGCCAUUGAAAGUAUUAUUUUAACGAUGCACGAUGAUCCAGAAUUUAAAGAACCAAGCAGUCCUUUAGGUCGUGAAAUUGGAUGUUCACUUUAUAUAAGAGAAUUACAAGGUUUCAUUUUACGAUCAGUAACUACAUUUCUUUCUCCUUAUAAAAAUCAAGCAGUUGUCGCUGAAUGCUGUAAUGCUGUUGCCUCAAGAUGCAUAGAACUUUUCGUGCGACAUGCAUGUUUAAUACGACCUCUUAGUGAGUUUGGUCGAGCAAAAUUAAUUGUCGAUUUUAAUCAGAUGGAAAUUGCAGUAUCACCUUUAUGUCGAGGAGUACAAUUGGGGUUGGUUGAGCAGCAGCAGUACAGAACAAUGCGAGCUUUGAAAUCUUUAUUAGCAUUGGGUCCAGAAAAAAUGGUAGAAAAAGUUGUCGAAAUGAAAGGUGAAGGUAGUGUGCCACCAUCUCUCGUUCUUCUUCAUUUGUUUUCGGGUGCUCCACCUGAAUUACAAUCACCACAUCAAAGCGCUGGAUGGUCAAUAAAUCGAUUAUCUCAAUGGAUGGAUAAUCACCCUAGCGAGAAAGAUCGAUUAGCAUUAAGUAGUGGUCCAUUACAACGUUACGAAUCUAUUAUAAGACAACGUAAUCUUCCUUCAUUUCACCCUCUCUUUCCGUUAAUGAUGCAAUUAGCUAAUCUAAGUGAGUAUACAAAUUGAAUUAAUUAACGUCAAAUAAAAUUUGGAAAAAUAUGAAUAUGGUGUAGAAUUCCUAAAGAUAUAUAUUUUUAUUCACAAGUUACAACGUAUCUUAUAAGUAUCAAAAUAAAACAUUUGUUAUUUCUGUAACUUUGAUAAACUUUUAAAAAAAAAAAUUGUUAAUGUAAUAAUACUUUUUUUUUUUUUUAAAUAAUAAUUCGUUGUAGAAUAUUCCUAGUAUUAA